CGUAAUGCAAUGGCAAUAGAUUGCAUCAAAACCAUGCCUUCAAAAACGACCCAUGAUCACCAUCCAAAAGAUCAAGAUCAAUGCAAGGAUGAGAGCAAGUCUUUAGUGUUCGAUGCACAAGUUCUUAAAUACCAAUCAAGCAUACCUCAACAGUUCAUUUGGCCUGACCAUGAAAAGCCUAGCGCUAAUGCACCUGAACUCCAAGUUCCACUUAUAGACGUGGGCGAUUUCCUCUCUGGUAACCCUGAUGCUGCAAUGGAAGCUUCAAGACUUGUUGGUGAAGCAUGUCAAAAACAUGGGUUCUUUCUUGUUGUUAAUCAUGGAGUUGAUAAAACACUCAUUGCUCAUGCUCUUAAUUACAUGGACAACUUCUUUGAAUUGCCUCUUUCUGAGAAACAAAAGGCUCAAAGAAAAAUUGGCGAGUCUUGUGGAUAUGCUAGUAGCUUUACUGGCAGGUUUUCCUCCAAACUUCCAUGGAAAGAAACACUUUCUUUUAGCUAUACAGCUGAGAAGAAUUCAUCAAAACAUAUUGAGCAAUAUUUUCAUGACAGAAUGGGGGAAGACUUAGCCAAAUUCGGAAGGGUGUUCCAGGAUUACUGCGAGGCCAUGAGCACUUUGUCACUAGGGAUCAUGGAGCUAUUAGGAAUGAGCCUUGGUGUGAGCAGAGCACAUUUCAGAGAAUAUUUCAAAGAGAAUGAUUCAAUAAUGAGGCUUAACUACUACCCUCCAUGCCAAAAGCCUGAACUUACUUUAGGAACUGGUCCUCAUUGCGAUCCAACUUCUUUAACCAUCCUUCAUCAAGACCAAGUGGGUGGUCUUCAAGUGUAUGCAGACAACGAAUGGUGUUCGAUUAGCCCCAAUUUCGACGCUUUUGUCGUUAACAUUGGCGACACCUUCAUGGCUUUAUCAAAUGGUAGAUACAAGAGUUGUUUGCACCGAGCAGUGGUAAACAGCCAAACACCAAGAAAAUCUCUUGCUUUCUUCUUAUGUCCAAGGAAUGACAAGACGGUAACUCCACCAAAGGAAUUAGUGGACACAUGCAAUCCAAGAAUAUAUCCAGAUUUCACAUGGCCUAUGUUGCUUGAAUUCACACAAAAGCAUUACAGAGCUGACAUGAAGACACUUGAGAUGUUCACAAAUUGGCUUCAACAAAGAAAUGUUAGCUGAACAAGUGGGUCAAGUUAUGCGUUGCAUAAAUAGACCUUACUGAUGGGGAGGGGAGUGGAAAGGGAAAGAAAUGAAGCUUGAAAGAGAUGGGGAUUUUGAUGAGAUCUGGGGGAGAACAACACUACAUGAAGAGAGGAAAAGAAAUUUGAGACUCUCAAAGGACAACUUUCCUUCAUGCCCAUAGGUCUGGUAAUUACUAGCUAGCUUAUUUAUUGGCCAUGAACAAAAGCUAAAAUCCACAAACCAAUAAAAUGUUGGAUUGGCUAAUUGCUUUUUGUAUUUUCUUUGAUAAUGUAAAAAGGUUAUCACUAGCAUCUAUCAAUUAUCAAAAAAAAAAAAAAUCCCCUGUUUUAGGAGCAUUUGAAUUCACCAUUACAACAUGACUUGUUUUUUUUUUUUUUU